CACGAGUGUGACGGGACCCCGUCCUGGUCAAACGAUAUGGACAGGACACGGCCCUCUCUCUGUGGCGGGCAUGAUCUCAGACUGGUUCCUAGAGGGACAGUAUUUUACCUACUCUAAUCAUUCUUGUAGCGGUCACUGUGAUAACUAUGUACAGUUGGUUUGGGACGAAGCAAGCUCAGUGGGCUGUGGCUGGCAGAACUGUUCUGGUCAAGGUCAAGGUCGAUUUUUCGUCUGCUACUACUCUUCUGGUGCUAAUCUCUCCGCCGCUCCCUACGUCGCCGGCCCAAGCUGUUCUCUGUGCUCGCCAAAUCACUGUUCAGAGAAUCUCUGUGUGACGUCACCGGAAGCGCAAGGACUGACGUCCUCAAAUUCCUCGACGACGCAGUCGCCAUCUGGCGGGGGAGACAACAACCCCUUGCCCAUUAGCGGUGCGGCACUUUUUGGAAUCAUCCUAGCUUGUUUAAUCGUCUUCCUAGCCGUCCCGGGCAUCGUGCUGUAUUGUUUCUGUCUUUGCAAAAAUAAAAAUAAAGUCGAUCCCGAUGAAGAGGAGGGGGAGGAAGAGGAAGAGGGAGACGACGGGAAAGGAGAUGACAAUUUUAAAAGCGUGGUUUCUGACAGUAUGAACGAUAGUGAAGUCUCGCUCACUCAGACCGUAAGUAGCAGUGCAUCGAGACCUAUGAGCAGUACUCGAGCGCUGUAUAAAAAACAAAUCAGUGUGAACGAAUCUCUGGAAAACGGUCGCAUGUCAAGAAUGUCCCACAAUGGCGACGUCUUAUCAAACGGGGAACCAUAUUCAGUUAAAGCUGGCCUGAAAGAAACGACGAAGUGCAUUACUUUAAUCCAUCGUAACGACAAGAUCAAAUUAGGCAGUUUCGACAUGUUUGGUUUGACAGAAGGUAGUGAUAAGCUACGGACGUUGGCCGUGGAUUCGAAUUUUCUGGAAAGCGAGCCCAACGGGCACUUGCCGCCGUUAAGAAACGCUAGGCAUCUACCAGGAGGUCAGCUACCUCCUAUAAGGGGAAACGUGCGGCGAGCAGCGGUGCAGAAUAAUAAUGUGGAAAAACACGAGGAGAUGAAGGAAGAAAAGGACGAAGAAUCCAUAACGGAAUAAUAUAUAUGGAAAUAUAAACUGUUUUUUUUUAUUUCCAGUUUAUUCCGAUACAGUUUUUCCAUAAUUGUGAUAUUUGAAAAAAAUUAAUUGCUCAAAUAGCGGGGCACGAAGACCAAUUGUACGAUAACUUAUUGUCCUCGGAUCUAAAACAACGAAAGUCAAAGAAGACGAUGCUCUUUGGUUGAAAAGUUUGCAACAUAAGGCUUGGUUUUUUUCCUGCAUGGUGGUUGCAUAAAAGAAGCUAAGAUGAUGAAACGGUAGAAUAUACAAUAUGCAUGCAAAUGUCAAAAUUGCCAAUUAUAUAGCUAAAAAUGUGUCUCUCAACUAAAAUUUAAAGCCAAUGAAAAUACUCUGUAGAACGAGGCAAAGAGGAUAGAACGCAAUAUCUUUUCAUUUUAAGACCCCAUUCCCAGAGAUUAGAUCGAUCCAACUAGAUCGACCUAA